AUGGCGAAGGAGGUAACCGUUGAGGCGGCGCAGCAGGCGGCGAGGGACUACCGGGAUCCACCUCCGGCGCCGCUCUUCGACUUGGGAGAGCUCCGUCUGUGGUCCUUCUACAGAGCCCUAAUCGCAGAGUUCAUCGCCACCCUCCUCUUCCUCUACGUCUUAGUCGCCACCAUCAUCGGCCACAAGAAGCAGGUCGUUGCCUGCGGCGGCGUAGGCCUGCUCGGCAUCGCCUGGGCUGCCGGCGGCAUGAUAUUCGUCCUCGUCUACUGCACCGCAGGCAUCUCUGGUUCGCUCGCUCUCUCUCUCUCUCUCUCCUCUCUCUCUCUCUCUCUCUCUCUCUCCUCUCUCUCUCUCUCUCUCUCUCUCUCUCUCAGUGGGUCUGGAUUUGUUUGUUGUGCAGGGGGGCAUAUAAACCCGGCGGUGACCUUCGGACUACUGCUGGCGAGGAAGGUCUCGCUGCUGCGGGCGGUGGCGUACAUGGCAGCGCAGUCCUUGGGGGCCAUCUGCGGCGUGGGGCUGGUGAAGGCCUUCAUGAAGAAGCCGUACAACUCCCUCAGCGGCGGCACCAACGAGGUGGCGGACGGAUACUCCACCGGCGCCGCCCUCGGCGCAGAGAUCAUCGGGACCUUCGUCCUCGUCUACACCGUGUUCUCCGCCACCGACCCCAAGCGCAGCGCCCGCGACUCUCACAUCCCGGUACUUCUCCCCCUUCAUCUUCUUCUUCGUCUUCUGCAUCUUGUUCGUUUAGCGCCGUUGACACUCAUGGGUUUUCCAGGUCUUGGCGCCGCUGCCCAUCGGAUUCGCCGUCUUCGUCGUCCACCUUGGCACCAUCCCCAUCACCGGCACAGGCAUCAACCCUGCGAGGAGCUUCGGCGCGGCCGUCAUCUACAACAACGACAAGGCCUGGGACGACCAGGUAGUUACCGAACCUCGCUCCUCAUCGGAGAACCUUGGCCGCCCUAAAAAGCUGUAGUUUUCUGUGUUCUUUGGUGCAGUGGAUCUUCUGGGUCGGGCCGUUCGUCGGCGCCCUGGCCGCCGCCGCCUACCACCAGUAUAUCCUGCGGGCCGCCGCUAUCAAGGCUUUGGGCUCCUUCCGAAGCAACCCCCGGAACUGA